AUGGCCAACUCAGAGGUUGAAAAAAUGUUAUUGGAACUGGAGUCAGAAAUACUUGCAUUAAAGCUGGAUGACAUUUUGAAGUUAGCACAAAAUAUAAAGCUAGACGAAUCUAGUGUUCAAGGUAAGAGUAGAUUUACGAUUCUAAAGGUUAUACGGGAAGCUAUAGAAGAGACAGUUGGAACGCUAACUGAGAAAACAGAAUGUGUGACAUAUAUAGAAAGUAUUAAAGUAUUUCUUGGUCCACCACCGCUCGAAGAGCCGGAUGAUCAAGAGGAGGGACCCCAGAAAGAAGUAGAAGUUUCAGAAGUGGGACCCCAGGAAAAAUCAGAAGUUGUAGAAUUGGAAGAGAAGAUACAAGAAUUGUUGAGUAAACAAAAAGAAAUCAAACUAAAGGCUCAAGAGAAAAAGGGAACAGGUGUUAGUAAGAAGAGUCCUGUUCAACCAGAAAAUGUUAUAAAAGUACCAUUGGCAAAUCUUGAAAAGAGUCUGCUACACCGAGAUUUUAAGAUACAAGGUGUAGUUAGGGAACCCGGACAGAAAGAUAAGUUGGGGUAUCAAUCAUUAGUUUCCCAAAUUGAAGCCGGUGUUAGAAAACAAUACUCUGAACUAGAAAUUGUUAAUGCAGUAGUUCGAGCAGUCCAACCAGGACUUCAGUUAAGAAGUUAUUUGGAAAGUGUUACAGACCUAACCUUGCCCAGGCUAAGGAAAAUUAUUCGGUUCCAUUAUCAUGAGAAGAGUGCAACCGAACUCUAUCAAAUGUUAGCCAACAUUACUCAACAACCAAAAGAGGAUCCACAAUCUUUCCUCAUUCGAACUCUGACCAUUCGCCAAAAGAUCAUUUUUGCCUCAAAAGAGUCUGGAAAUAAUAUAACCUAUGAUCAGAGCUCAGUGCAAGGAUUAUUUCUGCAUGCCCUUGAGACAGGGCUUAUUGAUGAGACAAUCCGAGCAAAGAUGAGACCAACCCUCCAGAAUCCUCUGGUCACCGAUGAAGAUUUGAUUGAAGCCAUGAACAUGGUUAUGUCCGCAGAAACCGAGAGAGUAAACAAAUUCAGUUUUUCGGGCAGAAAGUCAGCAAGCAUAUCAACAGUGGAGAUGACAUCUGAAAAAAACAAGGAAAAGAGAGAGGAGGGAAGAGUAUUAGCCGCACUGAAGGCUGUCCAAUCCGACAUGGCGACGAUGCAAAGCGAGAUGAAGUUUCUCUGUGAUGCAGUAACCAAAGUGCCUGAACCGGGGGAUGAAAUGCGAAACAAUGUGGCGACGAAAACUAGUCGACCGAAGCGUGGAUGUAGAGAAUGUGAUGAGAAAGGUUUGUCGGACACGUGUAAUCACUGUUUUCUUUGUGGUGGGGCCAAUCACAUAGCCAGAUAUUGCAACAUGAAGUUCAGAAACCAGGGAAACCACAAAGGGCUGCCCCCGAGGGACAGGAUGUAGCCCAAUCAAAGACAGAAAUGAAGUCCCACCUUUGUAAUUACUGUUUGAAGAAAGAAAGUAGAUCAAAUGAAUUUCAAAUAUGUUCGAUAUGUAAAAUUGUGCAUUAUUGUUCAAAGGAUUGCCAGAGAAAACAUUGGGUUGAACAUAAGACUCUCUGUACAUCCAUCAAGAACCUCUCAACAACUGCAGGUACAAUACCUGGUUUGGGAGAUUCCGCAGAUACGAACAUGUUUGUCAGUCAUCUCACCCCAAAACAGAGAGAUACCGUAGUGAAGCUUGUUGGGGAAAAGUGUCAAGUCAAAUGCCAACUCAAUGGUAAAGAAACGGAGAUACUUUGGGACACAGGAGCCCAGGUCUCAAUUCUACCUGAGAGAAUUUUGAAGGACAUGUUCCCAGACAUUCCGGUUAAGGAUAUACAUGAGCUUUUGGGGGCUGGAUCAGAUCUAAAGCUAGAAGCAGCCAAUAGAACACAAAUUCCGUACAACAGGUGGGUAGGAGUAAAUUUUAAGCUCCUUAACAAUUCAGCAAAAGAAAUCACAGUACCAUUUUUGGUCACAAAUGAAGACCUUAACUGUCCCAUAAUUGGUUACAACGUAAUUGAACUUUUUGUGAAGGAUAAUGGCCCAGAAACGGCAUUGUCCGCUGUUGCAGAAAGUUUUGACAAUGUCAGUAACACAGAGGCAAGUGCCCUAGUUAAUUUUAUGAACAGCGAUCUUAGCGAAAGUCUUUGCGCAGUUCGAACAUCGAAAAAGAAAGUAGUUAUCCCUAGUGGCCAGACCAUGAAUAUUUCAUGCCGUGCAAACACUGGACCAAUAAGACGAAACAGUCCUGCAUUAUUUGAGCCAGAUGAACAAACCCAUAUGCCAAUAGGUCUAACAGUUCAAGAGGCUCUGACCACAGUGAAACAAGGGAAGUCUAGCUUAAUAGAUAUUCCAGUAACUAACACAACACAGCACGAUAUUGCCUUACCCGGUAGACUAGUCCUUGGCAACCUACAAUUGGUUCGCUCGGUUACUCCACUUGAAGUCAAAUUAAAGAAGGAAGAACUGGGAGAGCAGCCAGGCAACAUAGAGACAGAGAUUCAGGUAGAUCCAACAAAACCAUCAUCCCUGGAAAGUGAAGAACCCAGACUACCAGAUGUAGACUUAAGUGGGCUUACACCUGAACAAAGACGAGAAGCAAAAAAGAUGUUAUACGAGGAAGCUGAUGCAUUUGCGAUGGAUGACAAAGACGUUGGGUGUAUUGAGGGACUUCAAAUGAACAUUCACUUAACCGAUGAUCAACCAGUCCAGAAGAACUAUUUGUCAAUUCCCAGACCACUGUAUCCGGAAGUAAAGGCUUAUAUAGAGGACCUAUUGAACAGAAAUUUUAUACGCAAAUCGAAAUCACCGUUUUCCAGCAGUGUGGUAUGUGUUAGAAAAAAAGACGGUGGGUUACGAUUGUGUGUGGAUUAUCGAGCUUUAAACCAGAAAACUGUACCUGACAGACACCCUAUCCCGCGUAUUCAGGAGACACUAGACAACCUGGGAGGAAACCACUGGUUCAGUGUCCUCGACCAGGGGAAGGCUUACCAUCAAGGUUUUAUGGACAGAGAUAGUCAGCCUCUUACAGCCUUUAUAACCCCCUGGGGCUUGUAUGAGUGGACCAGAAUACCGUUUGGGCUAAUGAACGCACCCGCCAACUUCCAGAGAUUUAUGGAGAACUGUUUGGGAGACCUUCGAGACAAAAUUUGUAUACCAUACUUGGACGACGUUAUUGUUUUCUCCAAGACCUUCAAGGAACAUGUGCAACAUCUACAGGAAGUUCUUCAACGAUUAAAGAGUCAUGGGGUUAAACUUAAGCCAAAAAAGUGUAACCUGUUUAAGAACGAGGUGUCAUUCCUGGGUCGAAUCGUAUCAGGUAAUGGGUAUCAGAUGGACCCCAAGGCGACUGAAGCCGUUGAAAAGCUUAAAGGAGUCAUUCCAAAGACCGUAGGAGAAGUGCGAAAGAUAAUGGGUCUGCUUGGUGUGUAUCGUCGGUCGAUCGAGAAUUUUUCGAAGAUUGCAAAGCCAUUAUACGACCUGUUAAAUAGGGACACAUCUCCACCGAAGAUGUCAACAGCAAGCAGAAACAACCACAACAAGUAUGGCAAUAAUCAGUUACCAUCCAAAUCACUGAUACAGUGGAAACCUGAACAUUCCAGUGCCUUAGAAAUUCUCGUUGAAAGGAUAACUUCUCCACCUAUCCCAGCCUACCCACAAUACAAUGAUCCAUUCCUUGUACAUACUGACGCUUCGCAAGACGGUCUCGGUGCUGUACUCUACCAGAGACAAGCAGGCAUAUUGAGAGUCAUCGCAUAUGCAUCCAGGACAUUGACCCCUGCAGAAAAAAAUUAUCUUCUUCAUUCUGGGAAACUAGAAUUCCUGGCAUUAAAGUGGUCGAUAACCGAACAGUUUCGCGACUACCUGUAUUAUUCACCAAAGUUUACAGUCUUUACCGAUAACAAUCCUCUUACCUAUAUCCUCACGACUGCCAAGCUUAACGCCACCGGGCUCCGAUGGGUUGGUGAACUCUCCGACUUCAACUUUGAUAUCAAGUAUCGUCCUGGUCGCAGCAAUACAGACGCUGACAGUUUAUCCAGGUUGCCUGGAUACUUCGAAGAGUAUAUGGAAUCGUGUACCCAAACAAUAUCGCAGAAAGAACUUGAUACGUCCAUCACUUCUAUCUGUGCCCUUGGCAAAGGGGAUGCAAUUUGGCUCACUUCCUUCACCACAGAUGAAAACAUGUUGGGUGACGACGGGGCUUUCCUUCCUUCUAAUGCCAGUUGUAGUCAAAUCAGAGUAAUUGACAUAGCACGAGAACAAGACAACGAUCAAGACGUCAAACGUGUAAAAGAGUUUAUCCGAUCUCAACAAAUUCCAACACCUAAAGAGCGAAAAUGUGAGACACCCGAGGUGAAACGAUUUCUGUUCGAAUUAGCAAAACUCCGAAUUGACCCUAGUUCUGGUAUUCUAUUCCACCGAUCACAAGUAGUUCUACCAAAAAAGAUGCGCCGUAGAGUGUACAAGGAACUGCACGAAGACAUGGGGCAUCUUGGAUUGGAAAGGGUUCUUGCUCUUACCAGAGAGCGUUUUUACUGGCCGUAUAUGAGACGAGAUAUAGAACAUUUUGUUACUCGUGUUUGCCACUGUUUAAAGAACAAGCGUCCCACACUUCCAACCCGUGAACCCCUCCAUCCCAUAGUUACGACUUCUCCCUUCCAACUGAUUGCCAUCGACUAUGUUCACCUUGAGCGCAGUUCUGGAGGCUAUGAGUACAUUUUAGUGAUCGUGGAUCAUUUUACUAGAUACGCUCAAGCAUAUGCCACGAAAAACAAAUCAGGUGCAACCGCUGCGGAGAAGAUUUUUAAUGACUUUGUUCCAAGAUUCGGCUUCCCGGAGAAGAUCCACCAUGAUAUGGGUAAAGAGUUCGAAAACAACCUAUUCAAGCAACUAGAGAAAUUGUCUGGGGUACGUCAUUCCAGAACCACCCCUUAUCAUCCUCAGGGGAAUGGUCAAGUCGAGCGAAUGAAUAGAACUUUGCUUGGAAUGCUGCGGACUCUGCCAGAAACUCACAAGACAAAGUGGAAAGACCAUCUGUCUAAACUUGUCCAUGCAUAUAAUUGCACUCGCCACGAAGCCACCGGCUACGCUCCUUUCUUUCUCCUGUUUGGUCGCUCUCCACGACUACCCAUUGAUCUAGCGUUCAACCUGAGAGAUAAAGAUGGUACCACCACCUAUUCCCAGUAUGUCUCGAAGUGGCAAACAGCAAUGAAGGAAGCAUACGCCAAAGCUUCCAACCUAGCAUCGAAGAACGCCUCGCGAGGUAAAAAGCAGUACGACAAGAAAGUCCGAUCGACAGUUCUUCAACCUGGAGACCGGGUCUUAGUACGGAAUUUGACACCAAGAGGAGGCCCGGGGAAGUUGCGGUUUUUCUGGGAGGAUGAGGUACACGUUGUAUUAUCAAGGAAAGGCCCAGACAGCCCCGUAUAUGACGUCCAAUCGGAGUCCAAGAAGAAACCUCGUACGUUACAUCGCAAUAUGCUACUCCCCUGUGACUACUUGUCUACCGAAUUGGCCGUGGUAGCGCCUAGACAACGUCGCGACCAGGAUCGUUUAUCUACCCAUAACACAUCUAUUGAUGACAGUUCAUCAGAUGACGAGGAAGAGUACCCUUCAGUUUCACAUCGCAUGCCAUUAACUGCCGACUCGAAGCACGAUGUAUCCGAUGGAGAACAAUCGCUGGAGCUACCAGUGCAGGUCGAAGACAACGUAUCAGACGAGUUACAGCCGGAUAAUCGGAGUGGUAAUAUCCUACCCACUGAAGGCGAACCUGAGGAACCUUUCGAGAUACAAGGAGAAACAACUGAAGAAAUUUCGGAACAGCAGGAUGAACAUGUACCUGUAUCUGAUGGGGGGCAGGAAGCCCUUCCUCCUACUAAUAGCCCUCCACCAAGAAAUCGACAAGCUCCACAACGACUCACCUACUACGCUCCAGGACAUUCGGCCUGUUGUUAUUGUGGAGCAGUGAUUCUGCCAUUCAACCAUCGAACGCCCCAAUCCCCUUACCUUCCACCAGAGAGACAACCUUACCGCCAAACUCUGCUGCAACCCUGCGAAGUCCCACAACCCUUCCAAAUGCCCGCACCUUUCCAAAUACCACCACCUUUCCAAAUACCACCACCUUUCCAAAUACCACCACCUUUCCAAAUACCACCACCUUUCAGCUCCCACCACCUUUCCAAUACCACCACCUUUCCCCCUACAACCUUUCAGAUCCCACCACCUUUCCCACUCCCAUAA